AGAGUCAGUGGAAAGAUCAAAGACAUUUGCAAUUCAGAGAGGAUUAUAGUUUCUGAGCUGCAUCAACAGGAGAUCCUUUGCAACAAGCAGGUGAGCCAUGACAUCAUUGCUGUUACUGUGUUUGUGUCUUCGGGUAAUUUCUGCAAAAUUGACCUAUCACGACUACUUACAUAUGGAACCAAAAACUCUGAGUGUUAGUAUUCCCAUUGCUCAACCUCUCCAACCCUUAAUGGGAGAUACACUGGUUCUGCCCUGCUAUUUCCUGGAUGACACAGUGCCUGACCCAGGUGCUCCCACCAUAGCCCCUUUGUCCCAUCGCAUCAAAUGGAGCAUCAGCACCAAAGAGACGACCAUAGACAUUUUGGUGGCCAGUGAGGGUAUCGUGGCAGUGAACGAGAAGUACACGGACAGGGUUCAAAUGGUGGCAUACCCCACCAGCCCCACUGACGCCACCAUUAAAAUCACACAGCUUCUUUCAAAUGAGUCUGGAGUGUAUCGUUGUGAAGUCAUGCAUGGAAUCGAAGACAGCCAUGAUUCUGUCAAUGUCCAGGUGCAAGGCAUUGUGUUCCAUUACCGUGCCAUUACUUCACGUUACACCCUGACAUUUGAGAAGGCACAGGCAGCCUGUAUUCAGAAUAGUGCUGUGAUUGCCACACCUGUGCAGCUACAGGCAGCGUAUGAUACAGGGUACCACCAGUGUGAUGCUGGCUGGCUUUCUGACCAAACUGUUAGGUAUCCUAUCCAUGAACCCCGAGAGGAAUGCUAUGGUGACAAGUAUGAAUACCCAGGAGUGAGAACGUAUGGAGUAAGAGAUGUAAACGAGACCUAUGAUGUGUAUUGCUUUGCUGAGAAGAUGUCAGGGAGGGUGUUCUAUUCAACAUGCCCUGAAAAGUUCACCUUUGCUGAAGCUCAGGCCCAGUGUGCUAAGCUGGGUGCUAAAUUAGCCACAACUGGCCAGCUCUACCUGGCCUGGAAGGCUGGUAUGGAUGAAUGUAAUGCAGGCUGGUUGGCAGACGGGAGUGUCCGCUAUCCCAUCAACAUUGCCCGACCACAGUGUGGAGGAGGUCUACUGGGUGUGCGCACUGUGUACCGAUUCAUUAAUCAGACAGGCUACCCUCUACCAGAAUCAAGAUAUGAUGCUAUCUGUUACACAGACGAGGAGGAAGAGGGCUCAGCCAUAUCCAACAUCUUCCCAGAUAUACAGACUACAGAGGCUACAAAUGAGGUAGUAAGUGUGGAUAUGGUGACAGAUAGCCCACAGGUGUUUAUUACGCAGACCUCCACUGAGAGUGAGCUAAAAGGCCAGGUUGAAACCCACAAACCCCCCACCACCACUGCUGACUCCUGGUCUGUGGAGCAGAAUGUCACACAGCUGCCUCUGUCUUCACCACCCAGUAUCAUUGACGACCUUAUAAAAGUGGUGACUGCACAACCUGAAGUUGGAUCAGAGAUUCCUGAGGAAAAUGCAACUGCACUUACUGGUGUUGUCUUCCUCUUCAGACUAAGUCACAGUCGCUAUGCUUUUACCUUUUCUGAGGCUCAUCUAGCCUGUCAGAACAUUGGUGCAGUGAUUGCUAGUCCUCAACAGUUACAGGCUGCCUAUGAAGCUGGCUAUCACCAGUGUGAUGCAGGCUGGCUGAUUGACCAGACAGUGAGGUAUCCGAUCAUAUCUGCACGAGAGAAAUGUGCUGGUGAUUUGGAAGAUUUGUCCGGUGUGAGGUCUUAUGGUGUACGACCUGCCAAUGAGCACUAUGAUGUAUACUGCUACAUGGACAAACCAAGAGGGAAUGUUUUUCAUGUGAGUUCAUUUGAGGGUUUCACAUAUGAUGAAGCAAUGGCUUAUUGCCAGGCCCAAAACGCCUCCUUGGCCUCCACAGCUGAUCUGUAUGUGGCCUGGAAGCAAGGCUUUGAUAAGUGUCGUGCUGGCUGGCUCAUCGACCACAGUGUCCGCUAUCCCAUUAAUAAUCCCAGGCCUCGGUGUGGAGGAGGGAAAUCUGGAGUCCAUACAGUCUUUAAGUUUCCCAAUCAGACUGAAUAUCCUGAUGUGCACUCCAAAUUUGAUGCCUACUGCUUGAAAGUUGAUUUCCAAUUGUAUCUUAAUGAGACUGGAUUGAACAUGACACUUAUUGAAGAGGAAUUGGUGAACCUGACCUCAAGAACUGACCUUUCUAUACCUGUGAACCCCACCAUUACUCCUUCCAUUCCUGUGGACUUCUCUGGUUCUGGUUCAGCAGACCAGUCAUCUGGGACCAGUGGCUUCUCUGGUGAUGUAUCAGCUAGUGGAAGUGGGGAGCAGCCUAGUGGGGCACAUUAUAAAGAAGGAGAACUUUCAGGAUCUGGACUGCCAAAUGGGUCUUCAGGUUUAGGAGAAGAAAUUUCAGGAUCUGGACAGCCAAGUGGGUUUUCAGGUUUAGGAGGAGAACUUUCAGGAUCUGGACAGCCAAGUGGGUCUUCAGGUUUAGGAGAAGAAAUUUCAGGAUCUGGACAGCCAAGCGGGUCUUCAGGUUUAGGUGGAGAAAUUUCAGGAUCUGGCCAGCCAAGUGGGUCUUCAGGUUUAGGAGAAGAACUUUCAGGAUCUGUCCAGCCAAGUGGGUCUUCACGUUUAGGAGAAGAACUUUCAGGAUCUGGACAGCCAAGUGGGUCUUCAGGUUUAGGAGGAGAACUUUCAGGAUCUGGACAGCCAAGCGGGUCUUCAGUUUUAGGAGGAGAACUUUCAGGAUCUGGACAGCCAAGCGGGUCUUCAGGUUUAGGAGGAGAACUUUCAGGAUCUGGACAGCCAAGUGAGUCUUCCGGUUUAGAAGGAGAACUGUCAGGAUCUAGACUGCCAAGUGGAGACAUGUCUGGCUCAGACCUUAGUGGUGAUGACUCAGGCAUAAGUGUGACCUUCUCAGGAAUUGACACAAUAUUGUCUGGGGAUGCAUCAGCUUCAAGGACACCUCAGGAAGCUGGGGAGGGAAGUGCAGCAAUCCUCACUUUCAUGUCAGGUAUGGGUUCUGGUUUCUUCAGUGGGGAUGGGUCUGGAUCAGAAAGUGGCUCAAGUUUUGGUUUAGAAGAGAGCGGGUCUACGUCAGACAUUUUCAACAUCUUGGGAGAGAGCAGAAGUGGAGAAUCUUCUGACAUUUCUUCAGGCCUUGGUUCUAGCUGGGAGUUCUCUGGAUUCAGUGGUUUUUCAUCAGGUGUGAUAUCCUCUGGAGAUGACAGUGGCUUCUCUGGGCUUAGUAGCAGUGGUGAAAUCAUGGUGAAAGGUCAGUGGGUGGAAGUGUCCACUGCUCCAACCCUCACAGCUCAGGAGCUGGGUGGAAGUCAUAUGCAUUUCAGUGGAUCUGGAGAUCUACAUGAGUCUGGUUUGAGUGGCUCUAGUGUGAGUGGAAGUGGUGAUUUAAGCAGCUCUGGAAGUGGUUCAGGAUUUCCUUCCAUCAUCUUUUUGGACUCAGGCUUUACUGAUCUCAUAGACCUAUCCAGCAGAGAACAAGAGGCUUCUGGACUUUUGAUGUAUGGAUCAGGGGAAGGGAGUGGUGAUUUCUCUGGAGUCUCUGGUCUUCCAUCAGGAGGCACAUCAGAGGCAUCAGCCAGUGGGAAUAUUAUAUCAUUUACUGAUGAGAGCAUGGUGGAAGUUUCUUUUAGAUCCACUCAAAACCAGGAGCUCAGAAAAGGACCAAUAGAGCAAAGUGGGCGGGAGAGUGGACCAUUUUUUAGCAGUGGGGACCGCCAUACUACUGUUUCAAGUGAAGAUCACCAUCCCACAUCCCUCCCUCAUGAAGACCCAAUUCAUUCAACUGAUGAACCAACAGUUCUAGUUCCCUCAGGGCUGUUUAGUAACAGUGCACGGCCACAAGAAAUCUUGUCAAAUGCUGCUGAACCCUUCUGGGAAUAUGAUUCUGUGACUCCUGCAUCUAUGGCUGGCACCACUACAGACCCUGCCUUUUCGAUGAAGACCCCAACUGUCUUAGAGGUCCCAGCCAUGGAGGAAGCUGCUGUGGACCCAUGUAACCCAAACCCCUGUGGUGCUGCUGCGUGUUUUGUGCAGGAUGGGGUUGGCGUGUGUCACUGCCCACCUGGGGUGAAGGAGGAAAAGUGCCAUGCUGAGGUUGAUGUGUGCCAUUCAAACCCUUGUGCCAAUGGAGCUACGUGUGUGGAGGUACAGGAUGCUUUCAAAUGCUUAUGCCUGCCCAGCUAUGGAGGGGAUCGCUGUGAGAUCGACAUAGACACAUGUGAGGAGGGCUGGACUAAGUUUCAAGGUAACUGUUACCUGCACUUUUCGGAGAGAACAGUGUGGGAGGAGGCUGAACUACAAUGUCGAAGCCUUGGAGCUCAUCUGGUCAGCAUCACCAACCAAGAGGAGCAAGUAUUCGUUAAUUCCCAUGCACAGGAUUACCAGUGGAUUGGACUAAAUGAUAAGACUUUUGAGAAUGACUUCCAGUGGACAGAUGGAACCCCAAUGCAAUAUGAGAACUGGAGGCCUAAUCAACCGGAUAACUAUUUCAACUCUGGCGAGGAUUGCGUGGUGAUGAUCUGGCAUGAAAACGGGCAGUGGAAUGACGUGCCUUGUAACUAUCAUCUACCAUUCACAUGCAAGACUGGCCCAGUCACAUGUGGCCAGCCUCCUGAACUAAAGAAUGCCAGGUGGUUUGGGACCAAGAAGGAACACUAUCAGGUCAACUCAAUAAUCAGAUAUCAGUGCAAUGAUGGCUUCCGACAACGCCAUCCACCUGUGGUCCGCUGCAUGGCAGAUGGACACUGGCAGAAGCCACAGGUGGAAUGCAUACCCCAAAUCAAAAGAAGACUACUGAAGAGAUCCAUUAGGCGUGAAUCUGCUAAGAGGACAUCACUGAGGAAGCAACUCUAAUGACUUAAGAAGAAAUAGUUGAGAUUUUUUUUUAGAUUUAAAAUCAUUUAAUUCUUAUUUUUCAUGACCUUGAAUUGAAAAUGCAUUAUGUAUUAAAAAGUGUUAUUUUUAAACAUAAGUACCCAACCUGUAUAUAGUGUCACUCCCAACAUGUUGUAGUGCUUCGAUAAGAAAGAAAAAAAAGUAAUCUAUUUUAUGAUUCUUUUCCACACCUCAUCCAGGAAGCCACUUUAUUUAUGAAAGUAGUAUUUAUUCCCAUAGUUAGUGUAAUUGGAUCUCUGAACUUGCACCUACUGAAUCAGAUUGUCUCAAAGUAUCAGCUGAGUUUUACAAAAACCUUCCAGAGGAGGAUCUUUCAUCCAGACGGUCUGGAAUUUUGUGGCAAAAGGGAACAGCUAAGAACUUUGUGCAAUCCUUCUUCUGAGAGGAACAAUGAAAAAGGUUUCUGGAAUUUAUUUGUUACUUUGGACACAAUUGUAUUCAGUUUGCAAGUUACAAAUUUUUUAUAGCACUUACUGUAUACAAGAUAGUACAUAAAAUAUUAAAUUAUGUGAAGUAUUAUUUUCAUCUAUAGUCUAUCAGAAUGGAUAGUGAGCCUAGAAAAAAAAAUAUAGCCAUAAUUAAGAAGGUUUACAUACAACUAAUUUAUUUCAUACAAAUUAUCAAAAAAAGUGUCAUUUUUGAUACUUCUGAUGACAGUAAUGUGAAAUUAAGUGUAUUUAUUGAUUUCUCACAAUAUUAUAUUCUACCUGGCAAUUUGACUUGGUUUGCCCAUCUCCUUAGGCCUAAAAAAAACAGAUUAAAACAAUACAUGCUACACAAAAGCAUUCAUUUUGGCAAAAGCAGUGCUCGAUGGCCAGAUCCUGUCAAACUGUCAUCUUGGACAUGAACAUAGAUAGUUUGUGCCAUAUAUUACCUUGUUUGUGUCUGACGUUAAGCUGUGCAGGGCACAGUACUAUAUGAGCAUCACCCUCUUUAAAUAGAUCUCAUUCCCAAUUCUCAGAAGACCUCAUUGAUGUUAGCUUUUUUCUCUAAUGCUUUUCAGCUACUAUCAGUUAUAACAUGUGCCUUAUGAAUGUCUUUCUUAUGAAAUACCUGGUUCUUGGAUUUAUUCUUAAUCAAUUAGGGGCUGUGCCUCUCUCUUCCCCAAGCAUUUGGUGAACUCUUACAAACUCUAAUCUUGUUUUCAUCAUGAAUGUUGAACUGAUAAGUGCAACACACUCAGUAGAUAUCCAGGAAACAAAUGCAGACUUCAAGAUAGAAGACUCACAUCUUUGUAUUGGGAUAAGAGGAUAAAGGGGGCGACUAAGCCAUGCUGAAGAAGAGAAAUGUACACUGAGCGCCGGAGGUUGCCAUCAGAUUUGACUGUUAUCUUUUCAGUUAUUUGCAGAUGACAUCACACAGUCUGUUUUUGCUUGAAUAAAUGUAUUUUUACAUAAACAAAAGUGAAGAGAUGAGAAAUGCCAAAUAAAACAUUCCACAGAUCAUUUUUUAAGCAAGGAUUGAAGUCAUUGUGUAUUCUUGGAAGAAAAAACAGAUCUACAGUCACAAGC